AUUUCCUCCACAAUUAUUUUCAUCUAUCAUUUAUUUUCUCCUUCCGCAAACAGAACUUACACAGUUUGCUCACACGUUGGCUUAGCUCUUCAGAAAAUUUUAAUAAGGUUUUCUAGCGGCUUUGCCCAACCUUAAAGACCACCGCUGUUGCUUUUGUUAUACACUACUCUUGAAAGAAAGUUUUGAUUUGAUUUCUUCAUUUUUGGCGGGGAGUAGUCCGGCGACCGCUGCCAGAAUGCUAGCUAGCAUGGUGGGUAACGCAGAUGAAUCUCCUGAACUUUUGAGUUUUGCCGCCGCCAAGUCUUCUCCUUCCUUAGCUGAUGGUAGCUUUCGUCAAGUCGACGAUGUCUUCUUGCAGACUCAAACAAGAAUAUGGCUUGGAGAAGUCUUACAAACCAGAUUAAGUGACCAGCUCAGUAUUGCAGAUUUACUUGCCGAUGGGGAAUUAUUGUAUGAAGUGUCAAGAAAAAUAUGGAAAAUGAUGUUGGCAAAGCAUGUGGAGCUAGACUGUAUCAGAACAUAUGAAUUUGAGCCAUUUGCUUCUAGGAGCAUUGGAAGAUAUAUGCCUUACUCAAACGUGGAUUCAUUUUUGAAGAGCCUUUGGGUUCUAGUGUUCUUGAGAAACCUGUUUGCUUGGAUCACCUAGUUUCGGUGGUCUGGUUGCUGCACCGCCGCCCUGGAAAGGUGGACAAUCGAGUUUCCAGCUAUUCCCUAAAGAUUGGUGACCGGCCAACUCGAUAGUGAAGUUCACACGCCGUCUUUCCAAUUCUGCAUCAGAUUGAUGCGCUGGCGUGUGUUGGCAUGUGGGACGUUCGGUGAUCCUCCAAUUCCUCCUCCGACGGUGCCUCAUCAUUUUCGACCAUUUUUUGGUGCUUCCCUUGUCAUUCGAUGCUGUUGGAGUGGAUGUCUAGGUUUUGCCUCCAUUUGGAUACUGUUACAGAUUUGCAUAAUCCUGGGCUUGGAUAGCAUAGAUCUCUUUUCCCCAUCAGAUGUUGUUGAGAAAAGAGAUACUAGAAAAGUUUGUAUGUGUAUACGUGCACUUUCAAAGAAAGCGAGAUCUCGGCAUUUAAAUGUUGCUGAUUUUGAUCAUGUUACAUAUACAGUACCUAUGCCUACAUGUAUGGUUGGGCAUAUUCGAAGAAGUUGGGAACUCUCACAUGGUGACUACUGCAAUUCUUUUGGGCAUAGUCCACAUUCUGAAUUAAGACAAAGAUCUAAGCAGAAAAAUUCAAGUGCAGUCUCUAGAAGUUAUCAUUUGCAUUUUGAAGAAUUUGAUGAUUUAGAAAGCAAGAUUGUGCAUCAAUCUGAUAGCUCAGACACCAUAACGUACUACCCAUCUUCGCAGAUAAGCUCUGAUUCAAUAAGAAAUUGUACAGAAGUAUCAUCAGCCAUCAAAAAUGAACUUUCGGAUCGAUGUUCAGUAGGAUUAGAUGUUCAAAACCAACUAGGAGACGAAGAUCUCUAUUGUCAACAGGCAGGAUCUCUUUUUUCACAUCAUUUUGAUCACCAGCAGGGUGAUAUGCCAUCUCCGACUUUUGUUGAUUCAAAUAUUCAGUUAGGUGGAAAGGUUUUUUAUGCGGAAAGGGACGCAAAAUAUCGCUAUAGAAGUACUGUAUUGGACCAGAUUUACAAUGAUACUAUUAUGGAAGAUGGAGCCUCAGUUGUAGGGGAUUCUGGAGAAUGCACAACACCAGAAAGUACUAUCUCUGAGGAUCAGUCAGCAAUGUCUGCUAUUGUUGGCCUUGAAACUGAUACUGGUGAAUCUAUUCUGCUUGAUGGGAAAGACUAUAUUUUUUAUGCAUGUGAUGCUUGUACUUCUUGCUCAAAAGCAAUCAGGAAUCUUCAAAACGAAUUUAAAAGUCCAUAUUUGGAUAGUGAUGAUGUUGAAUCGUCUUCUGCUGCCUGUGUGAGCUCCGUCUCAGUUGCUUUGCAGAACUUCGAUUUUGAUAAUCACUCAGAUACAGAAGAUGUUUUAAAAAAUGAAUGUUCCCCUGAGUCUGCAAAUAGCCAAUUGUGUGGUUUGAGCAAGAAACAGACUGAAGAAUCUCUUUCUGACCUCAAAGACGUGGAUGUUGGUUUCUCCUCUAUCAAGCAUAAUGGAUAUUUAGAUCAUGCAAUUUCAUAUGAUAAUAGCAUCUGCUCGUCUCAAAUAAAUUCAAAUGUUGCAUAUGAUGAAGGAACAGGUUUGUUUGUUGACCAAUCUUGCUUUCCCCUAUGGGAUCAGAAAGGUAAAUGGCGAAUUGCGGUGGUGCCAAUUGGAAAUGGUGAUCAUGGAGCUUCAUCUCUAUCUAUUUCACCAGUAGGUUCACAUGAGGAAAAUCUUCAUUUUAUACAAACUGAAGUUACAGAAGAUGCCUUGCGGUUUAAGAAGAUCGAAUCUAUUGUAGCAGAUAAUGAAAAGGCAGUGCACAGAAUUACUAUUGUCCAAUCGGAGCCUGAUACUUGCAAACGACCAGAUGAAUGCCUUCUAGUUGCAUGCUCCGAUAACCUUACGCACAGAAAACAUGAGGACUCCAAUGGUUCAUGCAAUGUUGCGGUUCAAAGUGGAAAUGUAAACAAGGAAGGAGAAAAAGAAACGUUGCAGAUGUCAGCAGUUGAGAAUCCAAAAAUGGCAGCACAGAAGAAUCAGAAACAGCCACUACUUAAAUCCGUUGUAAAGGGAACUGCAAUUCUUGGUGCUCUUUUUCUUUUUAAUCACUUGAGGAAAAAUUGUACAGACAAAUCGGGAAGGCUAGCUGAACAAUCUAAUCAAAUAAGAAGUGGUGGGGAUUCCUCAUCUGCAAUGCGGAAAAGGGGAAAAAUAGCAGAUGGGGUAUAUCCAGCUGAAAGGCUCAAGCUUGUGCAUUAAUAUAUGGUACGACUCACUGAGGAAGGUAUAGAAGCAUAUCAACUGUUGCAUGAUCCAAACAAGGAAUAAAAAUAAUAUAGCCCUUUCUCCUACUUCUUUUCAAUAGACAGAUGACCUGCACUUCCUCCCAUAUAAAACUUCAUAGGGAGCCAUUCCAGUGCUACCAUGGUAACUGUUAUUGUAAGCAAACUUCACAAUAGUAGAUGUUGCCUCCAAGAACCACUAAAGUCUAGCACGCACAUCUUCAACAUGUCCUCUAUGGUUUGGAUGAUCCUUUUUUUACUCAAUUUGCGGGUGGAAAUAACCAAGUAUGAUUUUACCUGAAGGGAUAAAACUUAUCGAAUACAAAUGGAUCAUUAAGAUGACGACAGAUAUGGAAGGUAAUGUGAUUACCUAUAAAGCAAAGCUAGUUGCAAAAGGCUAUCAUCAAAGACUAGGGAUUGACUUUGAUGAGACUUUUUCACUUGUAGCCAUGUUGAAAUCCAUUAGGAUUCUAAUUGCACUUGGAGCUUAUUAUGAUUAUGAGAUUUCUUAGAUAGAUGUGAAAAUAACUUUCCUAAAUGGAAAUUUGAUUGAGAAAGUAUAUAUGACACAAACUGAUGGAUUUGUUUCUA